AGGCCGAGCACAGUCGAGUGAGGUGUGGUAGAGGCCAAAGGGCGUAAGUACCACGCGCCAGCCGCGCUGCUGCCGAGCGAGCCGCGCCAUUCGCUUUAGUCUACGACCGGCCUCCGAUCGACGUGUACGUUACUGUGACGCCGCUGUGACACUUUUGACAGUUGUUAUCGUGAUCGUGUGAUGUUUUCGUAUCGGAACUAUGGUGUAUCCCCAUGAAAAUGUGGAGUGAUAUCCAGGGCUCGGGCGGCGGGUGCGGCGCCAAGCGGCGCGCCAGCUCCCCGUGCGAGGGCGGCGGUAAAGUCGCACGCUGGGAAGACUCGAUAGCGCGGCUCGAGGCUGUGGCCGCCGGAGCCGGCGGCGGAGACUGCUGGCGAACAGAGGAGGACGAAAGGCGCGCGUGCCGCCGGCGCUGGUGCGGUGGCUGGUGCGGCGCCCACGAUACUAUUCGUGCCGAGAACGGCAAGUCUUACCUGGAGCUCGGGGGCGCUGCGGCGCGCGCCUGCUGCGACGGCCGGGCCGCAGGACGCUGCGCCUCCAGGCGCUGCUACCGCGAAAGACGAUUCAAGAUGAUGAACUUGUGUGCGUUGAAAUUAGCGCGUUUCCGUCAAACGGCGGACCCGUCAUUAAGGCGCUCCGUGUUAGUGUGCAAUACUUUGCGUGGCAUCGAGCGGGAAAUGGAGCGAGAGAGCGCAGAGGAAGCACCCUUCGAACCUGCGUGCGUGACCGGCGGCGUGGCGCGGUGCGAGCUGCUGAGCGCGCGAGACCCGGCCGCCGGCCGCGCAACUCCGUUCCCUUCGCCACCGCCCCCCGACAGAGACUCCGGGUACGGCGACGAGGAGCAGCGCACCAUCGACUGGGGUUCAGUGCUGAGCCUGUCGUCACGAUCGGCGCUAGACCCGCCCGAGGACGCGUGGCCCGACGACUGGAGCUGGAGCGAGGACAGCUUCGUGCGGUUGCUGGUGCCGACGAGUUAGUGCACGCCGCGCGGGCAGGACUCGCCCGCGCCCCACUGAGCGCCUGUGAUACGCCGGCUGCGGCCGCGGCUGCGGCGGUGAGGUGAGGCGGCGCCGCGCGGCUGCCGCCGCCGCAGCGGCCGCGCGGCACAUCUAGUCGGGGGCGCCGCGCCGCCCGGCGCCCGACUCUCCUCCAAGAAGCGACGUCGACGCGACGGGACGCAUACACGCAGUCAGUAGUUAGUAUUAUAUAAUUGCUAAAAGGGAAGGUGCUAGCUUCGGACGUGACGCAGGACUAUAUGCGAGCCGAGUUAUUUUUGAUAGUUUUAUUUCCUUUAAGUGAAUUCCAAACCGAAACUGAAGUGACUUAGCUAAUGACGUUAUUAUCGUUUAAACUAAAACUCAGGUGUUUGAAAUUUUUGUUGAAAUUAUUGUGUAAUUAAUUAGGUAAAAAGCUAUAUUUAUUAUUUUCGUUGAAAGAAAAAAGCGAUAGUAUGAAAUUAUUUCUGUCUUGAUAUUUUCCAUAUAAUGUAAAUUGAACAACGAGAUGACGAUGAUUGGGUUAUGUUUUAUUGACAGAAAUCGCUUCGUGGAAGUGUGGCCUUUUCAAAUUGAAGCUUUAAAUGCAUUUAAUUUCGAAAGAUUACCUCCUACGUUUAGUAUAAUAAUAUCUAUCGUUUUUGACUCUAUGAUCGAUAGUUCUCGGUUCAAUUCCAACAACAUUAAGAGCACACCUCGCACGAAUCGGAUUUCGCUAAGUGUAAGUACGACAGAAUAAUAGAUAUGUGUGGACAUGUGCCGAUAUUGCUGAUCGUUUGCGAAGCACAUGUAAACAACAUGUACUGGCCACUGAUGACCGCAGCAUGAAGCACUUGAGACGAGUUCACACUAAUGAACUAUGAUGAACAAAUAAAUGUAAAGUCUACUGAGUACUUAAAAUUCUGUAAACUUUCAUUAGUUCACAUCCAAAAGUCCGCUGUGGCGCAAUGUAACUGGAUGUCAAUUAUGUAGCCUUAACAGCUGUAACUAUGAAAGUUUCAUAAUUUACAACAGGAUCAUGCAUUUGAAUAAUUGGAAUUUGUAACAAUUGAUUGAAUCUGUACUUAAACUACCUAAUUUUGCAAUGGAAAGUAAUGUGUUUUAAAGAAUUUGUAAAUGCGGAUACCUUCUGAUGAACGGUAUCACAUGGUCUAGAUAAUAAGAAAUUUUAUUUAUACAUAAUAUAAAUGGUAAAUAAAUUCUCAUCGAAUAAUUUACUUCCUAGCUAACCGUGAUUGCAGUUCCUAACACGUUACUACACUAAUAGAGGAUAAAUGGCAUUUUUUCACAACGUUUAAUUCUAGUUUUCUUUCAUCAGAAGACAUCCGAAAAUAAGCAUUACCUAAUUAUAUUAGCAAACAUUAUCUGAGAAAUUUAUUAGCAAAAUGCAAUGAGAUUUGAAACAUCGAAUAAUCAAAUCGAUAAUCGUUCAAACAACCCGUCGUUUUUAAAAAGAGAGUUCUAGUCAAAAUUUGUAGAAACCGCUCCUUCAAAACGUGGAUAUAAGUGAUCUCUUGACGGCGUGGUGAAGAUAAGUUCUCUCAUUAUUAACAUCGGGUUGUGAGCAGCGCAACGCGCACGUGAAACGGAACGCAAUGAUUCUGGCGCCAUUGGGAUUUGUGGUCGCUCCCACAUGGGAUAUGUUGGCACGUAUAAUGAUCGUUAAAUAUCAUCAAUAUUUUAAUUAUAAUUGAUUUUUGUAUUGUAAUUAAUUAUUCUGACCACUCUCCUAAUGUCGCCAAUCGAAAUGAAUGGAUACGCCAUCCACGGAAUUGUGACUGCAUGGACCAAACAUACCUAGCACGACAUUUAAUAGAGCAAAGUACAAAUUUCAAUAAAGUAGGAUGCAUUAGUGCUCCGGCGCAUGUUUGUCCACCGUUGUCAAUUACUCAAAUAUUUGAAUUGUGAUUCGGUAGCUAAUGAGAGAAAACUCUAUGUUCUUAAAUUUAGUGUACAUAUUAUAUUAUGGAGAUGGGCAUUAUGGCGCGGAUACUCGCGGCCGUUGUAAAUAAAUUAUGUAUAGUUAAUAAUUUUAUUCAUAUCGAUGUCGAUUGUCCGGGCAAGCAGCUCAUCACUCUGCUACUGCGAAGGGCCCCGGGCCCUCGCACCACCGUGUUGUAUUAUACAACCUCUAUUCUGUCCAUGAACUCAACAAGUACAGACUUACAAGUUACAUAUAAAUGCAUUUUAAUAUAAGACGUCACAAAAAUAUUGCCAGUACAGUUAAUAAGAUACAUGAACAAUGUUUUAGUCAUUUGCGAGUUCUAAACCCGCGCACUGGAUAACUGAAUUCAGCUCAAUCUAUUUUAUUUUACGGUUUAUUUUUGCGUAGAUAUUUUUUGUUGAAUAUGUCCGUAUGGUUGGUUGUGAUGGUUUACUUAAGUAAGUUAGCGACUCUUCGACAAAUUUCUGUUCGACAUACAUAUACCUAAAUGUCAGGUAUAUAAGUAUCUGGUAAAAAUUUAAAAUCAUAUUGUGCUGUAUCUGUCGUGUAUUGUUUGUAAGACUAUUUUUUGUAGUGAUUUUUUAUUAUUUAAUUUCUGGGUACUUAAUGUAUGAUUAUUGAUUAUUAGUUAAGAAAUUAUUUGAAAAGCUUGAUCAAAAUAUUAUAUAUUCGGUAGACAAUCUAUACGACAGAAUAACAGAACGUAUGAUAUUCCUAAUGCUUGCAAUUACGUACAAACAUUUACUAUAUUCUAUCCUGUCAUUUUCAUAUUUCUAUAAUACCUUUUUCAGAAUAAAUUGUACUCAAAGUAGGAAAAUUGAUUAAUUCGUUGCUGUAUAUUAUUUGUGAAAUGAUAUAGUGGGUACUACUUCAAUUAUAUUAAAUACUCUGUAUUUCUUAUGUUGUUGUUACUUGCCAUAAUCUGUUAGCUACCCUUGCGGGGCGGCGCUGCGCCCGCGCACUGUGUUGUGACCCUCAGCAAUAAUUGUUGUGACAUUAGUAUCCGUCAUAUCCGUCUCUUCUGGCGACUGACUCUUCCAAGAAGAACUCAGAGCCGUGUGCAUACGUAACUUACAAUUACAUUGUUAUAGAUGUAUCUUCUUAGUUUUUCGUUGCCAUUGGUUACCAAAAAUGACAGGAUCUUUUUAUUGAAACAAUUGUGAAUAUAUUUUAGAAGGCAUAGGCCGCUUUUAUAAUUUACUGUAGUACGACAUGAUUUUGUACGAUAUUAUCGUCACGAUAUAAUAGAAGAGAAAAAUUUUUAGAAUUGUAUGAAAGUGAAAUGGAGACAUUUCUAAUUUUCUGUGCACAUCCACGAUAUCGUUAUGUUAUGGACGUCCACGAUAUCGUCGCGGUAAAUUAAAAGUGUCUCCAUAUAAUUACAUACAUUUUACUCUACUGUUAUAUCGUGACGAUAAAAUCCUACAUUGUCGUGGCGUGCCACGGUAAAUUACAAAGACGCUCAUACUUUCAUUAGAAAAUUAUGAAACCAAUUUUGAAUAAUAAUAUUGUGCACAUCGAAUUGUUAAAAUGUUCCUCAUGUUAGGAGUUGUUCAAAAUUGUUUUUUUAAUUAUCUAAUGUAGGACAUUAUUGUAAUAUAUUAAUUGUUUAAGCUGUUGUGUCGAAAAUAACAAGAACAGGAAUAAUUUUGUGAAACAAUGGCACAAAGAAUGAACAUAAAUAUUAUAUAUAUUAUAGAAACAGAAAUGUGGCUAUAAGAGCAAUUUUUAUAAUAAAUAUUUACUGUUGAUGAAA